ACCUGGCUGCGCCAUACACGACGCGGCCCGCCUUCGCCUGAUCUCUCUCCUCUGGGUGUCUGUACGCUAAGACCACGGCACAGUAGUUUCGUCCCAAUAUCCCGAGACAUUGCAUUGUGAAAUUCUACCCGCCUUCCAGAUCAACUCUUUUGCUUUUUUCCCCUUCUUUCUCUGUCUCUAUCUGUUCUUUUUCUUGCUUGCUUCCUUCUGCGCAUCCCCAGCACAACACCGUCUCGCUAACUUACCUCGACGCUGCCAACGGUCCUCUCCACGGUACACCCUGACGUACGUACCUGGGUACUACCACAACUCUCUGGGUGUCAGGCCAGUUGUCGCGGUCGCCGUCCCACGUUGUUCCGUCCGCCGUGUGCUCCCCAGUCGGUCACCGGCAGCUCCUGGCCAUGCACGACAGAGGAUAGAUACCUUGACCUUGCCUCUUUGUACCAGCGCACCACCACUGCCACUACCCACCACUGCCACUACGACAUCCGCUGCCACGUCCACCACCAUCCCGCGCCCAUCCGUCAACACUACUUCCAAGGCCACAUUUCCCAUCCGCGUCCGCUCGAUACCCAUCACUCGCUUCUUCCCCGUCCGACCCGUCACAUUGGACGACCCAUCCUCCCACGAACCCAUUCACGCCAUUGUCGACCUUCUCUCUCGCAUGAAUCUUCCCCGUUUCACCCCCUGCCUAUCCUCCACCUAAUCACGCACCCCCCUCCAGCUCACUCCAACUGGCAACCUCGUCGACGACCACCACCGCCCGCACUGUCCGGGAAUCUGCCUUCCACACGAGAAGCUCACGCCCUCGCCUCGAAACGACGCCUGUCCUGGCUAUUGGCUUCCCUGGCCCAUCCCGUCCCUGAAAGUAGCCUGCCGCCACCUGAGGCAGAGCCGCCAUCUCGUCUUACCCGACGGCUCCAGUCGCGCCGAGUUGCUUGACUCUCCCCGACCUCUCAAAAUGGCCGACCUCCGCUCCCCCUCCGACGACAACCUCCCCUCCCACAACGAACAGCAGCGCGAUAGGUCGAACAGCAUGUCGCUAGGAAUCACGGAUACCGCAUCAGCUCCUCCUCAGAAUGGAGGAGCCACUGCACCCAACGGCGCCGCCCCCGCCGGUGCCGAGACAACGUCGGCGCCCGCUGCCGAUGUCUCGCGCCAGGUCCAGGACGUGCUAUCAUCAGACAUCGGAGUCGCAACCAUGCUGAACCAGCUCAAGGCGAGCAUUGCCUCUGCAAAGGAAUUCGCCCUCUUCCUCAAGAAACGAUCGCACAUCGAAGAAAGCCAUGCCUCCUCCCUUAAGAAGUUGUCCCGCAUAAGCCAGGAGACGAUGCACCAGCCCGACCACCGACAAGGCACCUUCGCCCAGGCCUAUAGCGAAAUGAUGUACAUCCACGAGCGCAUGGCCGAGAACGGCACCCAGUUCGCCCAGUCUCUGCAGCAGAUGCACGAUGAUCUUCUUGAGCUCGCCGCCGUUGCAGAGCGCAGCAGGAAGGGGUGGAAGGCUAACGGCCUGGCCGCCGAGCACAGGGUGUCGGACCUGGAGGCCGCCAUGCGCAAAUCCAAGGCCAAGUACGACAGUCUGGCAGAGGAGUACGACCGCGCGCGCACAGGCGACACCAGCAGGAACAGCGGCAAGAUGUUCAGCCUCAAGUCCAAGUCGGGCCCCCAGCAUGAGGAGGAUCUUUUGCGCAAGGCACAGGCGGCCGACCAAGACUACCAAGCCAAGGUGCAGACGCUGCAGAGCGAGAAGGCCGAAUUGAUUGCGAGGACGAGGCCAGAGGCCAUUUCUGCGCUCCAGGAUCUGAUUAAGGAGACGGAUUCGGCCCUGGCGCUGCAGAUGCAGAAGUUUGCCUCUUUCAACGAAAAGCUGCUCUUGAGUAACGGCCUUAGUAUCAGCCCGAUCAAAGGACAGAGUUCCGGAGGACCGCGCAGUCUGCGCGAGGCUGUCAUGGCGAUCAACAACGAAAAGGACCUCCACGAUUACCUGACCUCGCACCACUCCAAAGUCGCUAACAACAACGGCGAGGUCAAGUACGAGAAGAACCCGAUCUUGGCCACAGCCCGCCACCCAGCCAUGGGCCACCAGCCCAACGCAUCAGUCUCGAAUGUGCCGCAGAUGACGCCAUCCGGACCAAGCCAGCAGCAGCAGCAACGAGAGAUGCCACCUCCUGCUCGGCCGAGCGGCCCACCGCAGCCCGCCGAAUCUCCCCGGGAUUUCGUGCCGCCGAACAUGCCCGCAGCGCAACAGCAACGGCCUUCGUCUCAGCAGCAACAUCAACAGCCACUCCCACCCCAGACACAACAGCACGGCCGCAGCUUCAGCACCAACAACAUGCUGAAUCAACCUAGCCAGCAACAGCAGUUUCAGUCAAACCGCAACUCGGGUGUGAUGACGUCGAGGUAUAAUGGAGGCAUAUCUUCGCAGGGACCGCCGCAACUUGGAGCUUUGCCCUUUCAGACAUCACAGUCGCCUCCACCACAGCAACAGCAGCAGCAACCGCCGCCGCCGCCGCCGCCGCAGCAGCAGCAGCAGCAGCAAAGCCAAUACCAGCCACCUCAGCAGCUACGUCAGAACAAUCCGGCGCAGCAGUAUCCUCCUCAGGGCCCUCCUCCAGGGGCUGGAGGAUUCCCCCCGCAUCACAGCAGACAAUCCCCUCCCGUUGGUCCUCCGGGACCAUCCUCCAAUGCCGCGAGGCCCGUAUUCGGGCUGAGUCUGACUCGCUUGUAUGAGCGAGACAGCUUGCCCGUGCCUAUGGUCGUCUAUCAGUGUAUCCAGGCAGUGGACCUCUACGGACUUGGUGUCGAGGGUAUCUAUCGACAGUCUGGCUCGCUGACGCACAUCAAUAAGCUCAAGACCAUGUUUGACACGGACUCGAGCAAUCCCUUGUUGGACUUCAGGAAUCCCGAGAACUUUUAUCACGACGUCAAUAGUGUUACUGGCCUGUUGAAGCAGUUCCUGCGCGAUCUCCCGAACCCCCUGCUUACCACGGAACACCAUAGCGAGCUGAUUGAGGCAGCUAAAAUUGAGGACGACAUCAUCCGCCGAGACUCCCUUCACGCCAUUAUCAACAGCCUGCCCGACCCCAACUACGCCACCCUGCGCUCGCUGACUCUGCAUCUCCACCGCGUCAUGGAGAACUCCCACGUCAACCGCAUGAACUCGCACAAUCUGUCCGUCAUCUUUGGCCCCACAGUCAUGGGCACCGACCCGUCUACCAGCAUUGCCGACGCCGGUUGGCAAAUCAAGGUCGUCGACACGAUCCUGCAGAACACGUACGAGAUUUUCGACGAUGAGUAGUUGGACUGCGGACAGUGCUUGCACUCGCAUUAGCGUCAUUGUUUCUACACAAGCAUAGCGGCAUCAGCGGAUCUUCCGUCUCACUACUUUUCAUGUCAGAGGGAGGGGCUGUACAUUCAACUACCAGAGAGAGAGGAGUAUCAAAAAGUACAUAGAUACCAUGUGUCCCCAGCAUAUAAUAGCUGCCCUGCGGCAGUGGAUUUUGAAGCUAUCAUCACCCAGGUUCGCCAAAAUUCAGGUAUUGGUUCCUGUCCCGAUCGAUCUUUAGGUUUCGGCAGAGCGAAAAGGGAGAUCGAGGCGUUGGGGAGAGUGUGGUUUUGGGACAGUUCUUGUCUUAUGCUUCAUUUCAGGGAUACCGGGUUUUGCAGCAAAGCAAAGCACAGCGCCGCGUCGCCCACAGCUUUUUUGCCUAGCACGACGGUCUCUUUGAUCUAUCCUCUGGGGCAUAAUGCAACUGAUCAUAUUUCUGUGGCGUUGGCAGAGGAUACGGUAGUAAAAGAGAGGCUUUACUUCACUUGAAUGUCCUAUGGUUAUGCUUAUAUGCAUGUGUCAAUAUUUAUGUCGCAAAGCUUCUGAUCAGUGACUGAACUCAGGUAGACGCACAUUAC